CUUCCCGCAUCCGUCGGGUGGCAACUGCAACCGUAUUUCGGCCUUCCGGGACUAGAAAAGUUUCAAUUCUGUUUUUGUAUAUAUGAAUGAUGUAUACAGCGAUUCAGGCUUCAAAACGUAUAACAUUCUAAAAUAAAAUGUCUUCUAAAAAGUACGGACCUUUGGUUGGGUCCAUCGAUGAGGGAACUAGCAGUACCAGAUUUUUGGUGUUUGCGGCCAAGACUGGAGAGGUGCUCACAUACCACCAACUAGAGAUACGCCACAUUAGCAAGCAGGAAGGAUGGGUUGAACAGGACCCCAUCGAGAUUUUAAGCAAGACUGAAAUGUGCAUCAACCAGACAGUAGAUAAUCUGAAAGCUCUUGAAAUCGAUCCGGCUGAUAUUGUCGCUACUGGCAUUACGAACCAACGCGAGACAACGAUAGCUUGGGAUAAGUACACUGGAAAGCCACUUUAUAACGCAAUUGUCUGGUGUGACAUGAGGACAACAGAGACAGUUGAUUUAGUGCUUAAAAAUGUGGAAGGAGAAAACAAGGAAUGUCUGAAGAAUGUAUGUGGCCUGCCUGUGAGUACUUACUUCAGUGCGACUAAAAUAAAAUGGUUGCUCACCAAUGUAGAAGAGGUUCAGAAUGCUUAUAAGGAAGAUAGGUGUUAUUUUGGUACAAUGGACUCCUGGUUGAUAUGGAACUUGACUGGCGGUAUCGAUGGGGGAGUGUUUGUCACGGAUGUUACCAAUGCUUCAAGGACAAUGUUGAUGAACAUUAAAACUCUUGAAUGGGACCCUUAUUGUCUAUCGUUUUUUGGCAUAAAACGGUCUUGUUUGGCAGAAAUAAAAUCAAGUUCUGAGAUUUACAGUUAUUUCUCAUGUACAGUUCUUCAGGGGACGCCUCUGUCAGGAUGUUUAGGUGAUCAGCAAGCGGCUUUGGUUGGACAGAUGUGUCUCUCCCAGGGACAGGCAAAAAAUACUUACGGAACUGGUUGUUUUCUUCUAUAUAACACAGGAACAAAUCUGGUCUUUUCAAAUCAUGGUCUCUUAUCAACAGUCGGUUACAAAAUGGGUCCAGAUGCACCUACAAUUUACGCUUUGGAAGGUUCGAUUGCAGUUGCCGGUGCUGCAUUACGAUGGUUGAGGGAUAAUCUGCAAUUGCUACAGAAAGUAACCGACUCGAAAAAAAUUGCAGAGAUGGCUUCACCUGUCGGUGAAGUCGUAUUUGUACCGGCAUUUUCUGGCCUCUAUGCCCCGUACUGGAGGCAAGAUGCAAGGAGUGUAAUAUGUGGGAUAACAGAAGAAACGUCUAAAGCCAAUAUAAUUCGUGCAGCACUUGAAGCCGUGUGUUUUCAAACUCGUGAUAUUUUAGAAGCCAUGAACAAAGAUUGUGGCAUACCUUUAAAAACGCUUUUAGUCGAUGGUGGUAUGACCAAUAAUGAUUUCCUUAUGCAGCAACUAGCUGAUAUAGUUGGAAUCCCAGUCAUCAGACCUUCAAUGCUAGAAACAACUGCAUUGGGAGCAGCAAUGGCUGCAGGAGCUGCUAAAGGUAUCGAGGUCUGGAAUCUUAAAAAUUUACAUUCGUUCAUUCCUGUCGAUACAUACUUACCAGAAAUUAAUGACGACGAACGGGACUACCGUUACUCCAGGUGGAAAAUGGCAAUUCAGCGGAGUCUUAAUUGGAGCGAAGUCGAUCAACAGAAAGCCCACGUUCUGAUUACACGAUCAAACACAUUUGAACCUAAUCACUGUGAUGAUGAUGAUUAUCUUCAGAGUGCAAUAUCGAAAUCGAUUCCUGGUACUAUAUUUAUUUUCACAACUUGGCUUAUUCUGAUUUUAGCUGAGCGUUUACAAUAAUCAAUUUAAAUUGGAAAUUCUAGCAAACCCAAUUUAAUUAAUUUGAAUUAUAUAAUGAUUCAUUUUUAAGACAUGGUUUUGUAUUU